AUGUCAGAUCUUACUAGAACCAACUUUGCUACUGGAAAAACUCAUAAAGAAAAUGGCAAUAUACUGUUCAAGGAUGGAAAGAUUAAAGAAGGUGACUUGAGCUUUUAUUCGAAUGAACCAUUCCUCAAACCCGAUACAUGCAUCCAUGAGUUAGUCUUUGUAUGGAAAGCAAUUUGUAAUGUAGCUCUCAAGGAAUACAACUUGGCUCUGUUGUAUUUAAAUGGUUUGGAUAAUAGUGCCAUGUCAGCCAUUAUUGGAUCUAAUGGUGUUUCUUCAUUGAGUGAUGCUGAAAAGACCGAAAUCGUAGCUACUAUCAAGGCUUGUCAUGCUAAUAUGGCAGCAUGUUAUAUCAAGAAUGAAAACUAUACCAAAGCAAUCGACUUUUGUGAUCGAGUUCUCAAAGUUGAUAGCAACAACACCAAGGCCAUGUACAGAAAGGGACAUGCGCUAUUUAAAAUGAAUGAACUGGAGCCAUCGCUUAAGAUAUUGAUGUCAGCUGUCAAAUUAGCACCCAACGAUGUUCUUAUUCGUGACCAGAUCACACAAGUCAAGACCAAGAUAACUGAGCUUGAGAUCAAGUCUCGCAAUGAGUUGCGUAACAAUUUGAAAAUGUAA